AUGACAGAACAACCUCGCAUCCUCCGGCCCCGUCCCAGACGAGUCUUUGAUGUAACACCCGCAUCAACCGAAUCGUCUGGCCCCCCAACACCCUCCGAACCAAUCACCACCGACUACCUCAAUCCCCACGCCCCAGACACAGCCUCAAACUCAACGAGUGUGAGCCGCACCGGCUCAGUGAUGAACCUGACCUCUUCAACCCUGUACGGCAUUUACUCGCCGACCGCCUUCGAUGGAUUCCGUGACGAGUCCAGCCCUUGGGGCACGGAAGCCAACUCGCCAGCCGCCGAGUACCCGCCUGAGCCGUCGCAGCGAGCGGCCGAGAAAUCGGCCAUUUGGCCACGGCGACUUGCGCUGCGGCGCACGCGGUCACGACUGAGCCAUGGCUUGUUCCGUGGCGUUAUCUUGCCGCAGGCGUGGAGUUCGCUACUGCUGUUUGGGUUUGGGAUUGCUUAUGUACUUGGGUUUCUGGGGGUGGCCGGUAUUGCGCUUGGCAAUUUGCUUCCCUGGUUGGAUCGCUGGCGCGAGGGUGAGGAGGGUGUUGAUGCUAAGAAUGAUGGGUCUAAUGAGGAGGAGAGUGAAGACCGCACGCCCUCGUGGGUGACUGUUGCUCGCAGUGUUGGUGCUUUUGUUGGAAUUGCUUUCGCUAUGCGGAGACUCCCUUGGCAGUCUACCACGCAAGCCUCGCUGACCCUCGCCCUCGCCAACCCCGUUCUAUGGUACUUGAUCGACCGCACCACAACCGGCUUCGUCCUCUCUUCGACAGUUGGUAUGGCAGGCAUGGGUAUCGUUCUUGGCCUCAAGCCCGGGCUGGUCCCUGCGUCGACCACCCCGUCAUUUGGCACCGGUGUUCUCAAUGGAACGGGGUUGGAGAAUGCGCUGGGCGCAGGAAUUACACAGGAGAGCUUGGCUGUCCGUGUCUGGAUCGCCAGUGUCAUUUUCUGCGCUUGCGUGUGCUUUGGAAAUAUUGGCCGCCAGCUCGCCAUCGGUGCUGGUCGCAGAGAUACGCUGAAGCCCUAA